AUGACAGCAAAAGUUUAUAACCUAACACCGUUAUAUAGGAAAUUAUUUUUAAAAGAAAAAUAUUUAUGCUUACAAAAAAACCACUUUCGAACGUAUUACAAUGUACUCUUUUUCGGUUCUGAUUCAAUUGCACUCACUUGUCUAGAAAAAGUUAAUGAAUACAGAAAAAAUGAAAGACUUGUCAAGCGAUUGGACUUAGUUACGACGAAUAAGACAACAACCAAUAUACAGAAAUAUGCUCAUAUGGAAAAUAUUCAAUUAUUGCAAUGGCCUGAAUUAAACCUCAAAAAUGGCCAAUAUCACAUUGGAUUAAUUGCAUCAUUCGGACAUUUAAUUAAAGAAGACAUUCUCGAAAAAUUUCCAUUAGGAAUAGUCAAUGUCCAUCCUAGUCUAUUACCAAGAUGGCGAGGAGCAGCUCCGAUUAUUUAUACAUUGCUACAUGGAGAUGAAAUCUCAGGGGUAUCGUUAAUGAGAAUCAAGCCAAAUAUUUUUGAUGUAGGUGAAAUAAUUAGCCAAGAAAAAGUAGCUAUUUCCAAGGAUAUAAAAUUACCAGAACUAACAGAGCAACUGUCAGAAAUUGCAGCACAGAUGCUUGUGGACUGCUUAAGGAGUUUACCAACUAGUUUGAAUAAUGCAAAGCCACAAAGUAAUGUAGGUGUAACAUAUGCGAAAAAGAUUAAUAAAAAUAUAAGUGAAGUAAGAUGGAAUGAAAUGGGUGCAAGAGAUGUGUAUAAUCUCUACCGUGCUAUAUAUGGGCUAUAUACAUUAAGAACAAAAUUUUGGGAUAAACAAAUGAAACUGUUUAAUGCAUUUUUGGUGGAAACUGACAGUGAAUGUAAUAACAAAUCUGUUGGAUCUUUAGAAUACUGUCAUGAAACUAAGGCAAUAAAAAUAUUAUGUAAAGAUAAAAAAUACAUUUAUUUCAAGUCACUCAGAAUAGUAGGCAAACGGGAAAUAUCAGCCACUGAUUUUUAUAAUGGUUACAUAAAAAGAAUGUUACCAGACAAUGAUAGGGAAUUGAUAGUAUGUUAUCAU